GAGGUGUCUGUUGGGAAAGGUUCUAAAAAAGUAAAGAGUGACCAUGGGCUAUAUGGGGUAUGAUUCAUGUUAAAAUACCAAAUACAUAGAGAAAGAACAAUGGAAUCGCGUACUAAGACGAUUGAGAAGACAAGUUGAUUUACUGGUAUCGAAUUCGAAGCCCAACCUCUGCGACGAUUACAGUAUCAUUGUUCUCCUUCUUCUUCCUCGUCGAAUUUAGUCCUUCAACAGGUUAUGUGUACUGGAAUUAUUUGGCUAUUGCUAGGUCAUAUGAUUCUUAUUUGAUGAUAUUAGUAUGGGCCCCGACUUAGACUUCAAGGAGCCGUCAGAAUUUCCAAUGGAAGUUUCGGCUAGAAAGAAUGGGAACAUAUCACGGGAUGCAGAAGAUAAGCCCAUGCAAUGUGCAAGUAACUAUGAGGACAAUAACUUUGAUAUGGAUGUAGUGAAUAAAGACCAGAAUAAGUUACAGUAUGGAAGUCAGGAUGUGGAAGUUAAUGUAACUGAGUGUACAAAUUCUAGUGACAUUGGGAAGGUUGAAGACAACUAUCAGGAUGCAACUGAAAGUAUGAGUUCUUUUGGGGACACAGUAUCCAGUACUGAGAAUAAUUCAAUGUUGAGUGAUACUGAAGUUGAGUCAAGUUUACGUUAUCGGAAUACGUCUCCAUCAAUAAUCGAUGGCUGUGGGGGAGCAUUUCAAACCAGGAGGAAAAAGCUGACAGAUCAUUGGAGGAAUUUUGUUCACCCUCUUAUGUGGCGUUGUAAAUGGAUGGAACUUCAAAUUAAGGAAUUGCACUCUCAAGCGCUGAAGUAUGACAGAGAACUUGCCGAAUAUGAUGAAAGAAAGCAGUUUGAUUGUGAAAAGUCGGCUUUAGAAGGUUUUGACGCAAAGUCACUACCAUAUUCGAGUUAUAUUCAGAGGAAGAAAGUCAUGCAGAGAAAGAAAAGAAGACGAAUUGAAGAUACUGUUGAUAUGGCAUCAUAUAUGCUGCAACAUAACGUAUUUUCCUAUUAUGUGACUAAGAGACCCACUGUUCACGGUGCUUCAAUGGACAAUUCUUUCGGUAGUUUAAACAAGACUGUCAAUCAUAAUGAUGAGUUUGGGUUUCAUGAUAGAGGGUCAUCUCUUGAAUUCAGAGAGGAUGACAAUACUCUGGAGCCAAUCCUAAAGAAGGUUGAAAUGAUGCAAUCACAAGUUCAUAAUCUUAAGUCCCGAAUUGAUAAGGUUUUGAGCGAAAAUCCUGGAAAGUUUUGCUCCAUCAAUGAUUUGAGCUUGCUUGCAUCAGUUGAUGCAUCUACCAGUUCUGGUCUUGCUGCUUCUCGGAAGAAUGGAAAUAAGAAGGAUGUCAAGGCGUUGAACACUUUUUCUGAACAUAUGUCCAAUUGUGACGUGGGCGAUCUUAUGCCUGAAGCUGUGGUUUCAAGUCACCGAGAGGUGAACCCAUUUCCUGAUAUGAUUGAAAGGAUGGGCCAGCCUCAGACUGGGGUUUUAUGUGAACAUACCGGGGAAGGACUUGUGUUACACAAUCAGGCAGCCAAGGAAUUAUUGCAGAACUUUGACAGCACUAUGAAUUUGCUGACUGAGACGCCUCUGGAACCAACUAAAGAGCAGACAGUUUCAGCUCCAGGAGUUGUCUUGGCAUUGGAGACUUCUGUCCCUCAUGAACAAUCGAAUGUGAAAUCACUAUCCAAUUCCAGAUCACGUGUCUCUAACUCAAAGCGAAAGCAGGGUAGGCGAAAUUCUGGAAUGGGUGGACAGAGCCGGAGGUCUUAGGUGAACCGAGUAGAGGAUAAAAAUAUUUUUACGAGAAGUGUAUGGCAUUGCUCAUGCACAGUUGAUGAAAUGUUUUUUUAGGCCCUCUUGUGUAAUGGAAACACCUGUAUUCUGUUUAUAUUUCUCCCAUAAUUCAGUUAUUGUUUUGAAUCUUUCGAUAGCUUUGGAAGAAAAGUGUAUUUUCUGGAAAAAUUCAGAUAUCCAUGCCUAUAUUAAGACUUUGAUCUACCAUA